AUGGAUUCCCAACAGGGGGACCCUGAUAUACCACCUUCCGGAGGCCCUGGUCCAGUUGACCUUCCAAACGGCAAGCGCCGCUGGCGGCGCAACCGAGUGGCAUGCGACGCAUGCCAUGUCCGUCGAGUGCGGUGCGACCGCGCUUUCCCAUGCUCUCGGUGUCUGCGGAGUGAUACGAAUUGUGAGUUCACCCGCGAGCGACGCAAGCGCGGACGCAUCGCCCGUGCCAAGCUCGUCCAUGGCUCGACUGAAUCAGCCUUGGAGGAAGCGAUCGUGGACUCGCAGUUCGGGCCAAGAAGAGAUUCUCAGGAACAGAAGCCGCUGGCGCCUCAUGAUAUUUCGCCUCGACAGCUCCAGAGCUCACCCGAGUCAACUGUUCACCAGCAGUCACCUCAAACCAACGAGAUCAGUCUCUCUGCGGCUAGCGUGAACGGUGGCCCACAAGUUGCUGCCGACGGCGCACUCUCCCAGCAGCCCCCGUUAGCUCCCGCCCCCCCGCCGCCGGCCGCCCGACCGGAGGGCAAUGCUACGGAAGAAUGGCUCUCGAACGCAAACUUAUCGCCAGAGUCGUAUGAUAUCCUGGGAGGGAUUCACGGGGGCGAUGGGCCCCUGCCGCGGUUGUGGGACAUCUGGACUCCCGGCGAUUUGGCGGGGCCGCACCCGCACAGGCGUUCGACGCAGAUCGCCCCGGUACCUGCACCGUCUCAUGCGGGCCAGGGGCCUUCGACGAGCAAGCGACCGGGGGUGAAAUACCCCGUUCUGGAGCCCAUCAUGCCUUAUCUGGAGUCAAAUCUCCCACGCCGCCUCGUAUGUGAUCUGCUCGAGCUUUAUUUCACCAGCUCGUUUUCCACACACAUGCACCCAGUGUGUCACCAUAUCCACUGCUAUGUCUUGCGGAAAGCUUCAUUUCUCAGUCCCGAUCGUCCCCGCCCGAGCAGUCCGGCCCUGUUGGCGAGUAUGCUCUGGGUGGCUGCUGUUGACGAUCGGGCAUUUUCACUAUCCAUCUCGCCUCUUCAGCGGCGGAAGAUCUGUCAAUUCUUGUGUGCAUUGACAAUCCGUCUGCUGCGGCCGUUGAUCCAUGUGUCCUUUAAAGAUCAAGAAUCCACUGAAAAUCCGCACGCGGCUCAAGACUACUCGGCGUCCGCCGCACAUCACCCGUUCGAAGGUUCUGGAGACGACAAGGGCCUGGUCGGUCCCGCAGGGUGCCUGGACGACGUGAUCACAUAUAUCCAUGUUGCAUCCAUUAUCUCCUCCAGUGAACAGAAAGCUGCGAGUAUGCGCUGGUGGCAUGCAGCCUUUACCAUGGCUCGAGAACUAAAGUUGAACCAAGAAAUUGAAGUGAUGCCUAACAUCGAUAAUCAAACGGAUGGAUCCAGUCCCUCAUUUGGCUAUCCUCUCGGGGGAUGGGCGAGCUCGCCGGAAGGCCCAGUUUUCGACUACUCAAACCCCUCUCGCCCAAGCUUGAAUUGCGUUUGCGAGGAGUCUCAUAACCCGGGACGUAGUCCGCCGGUCACCGAAGAGCACCGCGAGGAGCGCCGACGGACCUGGUGGUUACUGUACAUCAUGGACCGUCAUCUCGCACUCUGCUACAACCGUCCGCUAGCCCUGUUGGAUGCUGAGAGCGAAGACCUGUUGCUUCCACUCGACGAAGCUGCAUGGCAAGCGGGCAACAUCCAUACCAACAGCCCUCGUGCGGACGGGCCACAGUGCGUCCGAUCGGGAAGCCGCAACAAGCGUCGGGUGUUUCCGAAUUUCAUCUGUCACGACCCGUCCAUCCUGGGGUUUUUCUUGCCGCUCAUGACCAUCACGGGAGAAUUGAUUGACCUGAACCAAGCGCGAAAUCAUCCGACCCUCGGGCUUCGCCUCCAAGGGAAGGAGGCGUGGGAGGUGCAUGUGUCCGAGGUUCUUCGCCAGCUGGAAGUCUACAAGGCUAGCUUGACCACAUUUGCUACCGCUGACCCGGACCCCGCGUUUUUGAACCAGUGUGCGGGUACCGAUCAGCAAUCGGAUGCAUCUUUGUCACAAGCCUACUCAUGGCAUCGUCAGACUGUGAUUGCGUAUUCAUCCUAUCUGGUGCACGUCCUACAUAUUCUCCUUGUUGGCAAAUGGGACCCUGUCUCCCUCAUCGAGGACAAGGACUUUUGGACCUCGUCUCCUGCUUUUGCCUCGACGAUCUCGCACGCUUUGGAGGCGGCUGACGCCGUCCAGCAGAUCCUUCGAUUUGAUCCGGAUAUCAGCUUCAUGCCGUACUUUUUCGGUAUCCAGCUGCUGCAGGGCAGCUUUCUCUUGCUUCUGAUCGUUGAGCGCCUUCAAAAGGAGGCUGGAGAUGGUAUUCUCAAUGCUUGCGAGACGAUGAUCCGUGCAACUGAAUCCUGCGUGGUCACUCUCAACACAGAAUACCAACGCAGCUUCCGACAGGUUAUGCGAAGUGCGGUGGCUCAGGCGCGCGGCCGGCCCGUCAACCCAAGCGAGAUUCGACACCGCCGGAAGGCUGUGCUGGCAUUGUAUCGCUGGACGCGUAAGGGAACCGGCCUUGCGCUCUAG